CAUCUUUAGACCAAAGGACAAUAGAAGAGGUCAUUUUAUAAGUAGAGCUCUGUAGAAGGAUUCCAAAACCCUAACCCUUAUCGAUUCCACACUCAGAAAUCCGAGUGGAGUUGAAGAUCGCAGCGUAACAAAUCGAUAAGCUUUAAGAACUACUCCAAUGGCGAGGAAGCGUAAAACUCCCUCUUCUCGGCAGGUCCAGGAGCCGAAACCCAAAGUAAUUCGCGAAGAAGAAGAAGAGGAGGAAGAAGAAACCUCUGACGAGGAAGAAGAGGAAUCAGAAGAAGAAUCUUCGGAAGAGGAGGAGUCGGAAGAGGAGUCUGAAGACGAAGACGAAGACGAAGAGGAGAAAGACUCUUCUGAAGAGGAUGAUGAAAGCAACGAGGCAUCUAAACGAGAAACCCUCCGCGAAUUAUUGGAACCCUUCGGAAAAUCCCAAAUCGUCGACCUCCUCAAAGAGGCUGCCGCCAAGGAUCCAAAGCUCCUGUCGAAGGUAGUCGCGAAAGUCGAUUCGGAUCCCGCCCACCGGAAUCUCUUCGUCUUCGGGCUCGGCUGGGACGCCACGGCGGAGCAGCUUCAACAAACAUUCAAGCCCUACGGCGAGCUCGAGGAUUGCAAACUAAUCACUGACAGAAACACCGGCCGCGCCAAGGGAUACGCCUUUGUGUUGUUCAAGACCCGCGCCGGCGCCAGAAAGGCUCUAAAACAACCCCAGAAGAGGAUUGGGAGCAGGAACGUCACGUGCCAGCUUGCGGCCAUGGGUUCAUCUUCGUCGACGGCUGCCGAGGAUGGGAACUUGAAGGUAUACGUUGGCAAUGUGGGGCCGUGGAUUAAGCCAGACAAGCUCAAGGCAUUCUUCCGGAGAUUCGGUGAGAUUGAGGAUGGACCAAUUGGGCUUGAUCCUGCGACAAAUGCAUUCAAAGGAUUCGCAGUUAUUACUUACAAGACCGCCGAUGGUUACAGGAAGGCUAUGGAGGAACCUAUUAAAGUGUUUGAGAAUAGUCAGUUGCAUUGCAAGAAGUUUAAUGAGAAUCUGAGCAAGAGCAGCAGCCAUGGAUCCACAGAUGUAGGUAGUGCUGCUCCGGCUGCCAGCGACAUCAGUUAUGCUAAUUUGGGAGUGAAUCCGGCGAUUCUAGGAGCUAAUAUGAAUGCUAGAGGGUUCUUGAUGGCACCAAAUUCAGGGGCUGGAAUGUUUGCAGCAGGAUAUAGUCCGGCAGGUCUAGUAGCCUCUGGAUUGAGCACUCCGGCUGUCGGAAUGAGUAGUAAUUAUGGGAUUCGUCGGCUAAGUGGUGUGAUGGGAAACUAUGGGUCAGAAGCAGCUUUGAAUGGAUUGGGAGCCUUCCAGAAUGUUCAAACAGGGCAAUCUUCGAUGGGGUCGAUGGCGACUACAACCACAGCAGCCAGGGUACCUACAAGUGGUGCAGCGGGUUCAUCGAUGAAUUUUCCUUCCUAUUUCGGCCGCUAGGUGAGGUUUAUAUGAUCAGUUCAAUCACUUCACAAGGGUGCCAUUGAAGCGCUGGAAACAACAAUUGGGCUCUAUUUGAAUGAGCAAAUUGGAGUGUUGUGAUAUUGGUUGAUGCUUUGUUAAUUGAUUUGUCAUAUGCCCGUAGGCCAUAGCUGUGUUGUUUCUUUCAUGUUCUACAUUUUAUGCCUAUUUUUUUUUUUUUUUUCCUUUUCCUUUUUUAAGAAUAGCACACACAGUAUUAUGGAUGAAUUUGAAGAGGGAAAAGAAUCAUGUGUUGCCAUGGCAAACCAAUCAUUUUCUUGAUCACAAAAUCUUUAUUUGUUUGUAAUAAUCCAACCCGAUUGUAGGUAGGGGUGGUAAUUUCGGGUUGGUUUUUUUUGUGCCGGCCCGGUUUCAGUCAAUGCUGAUUGCUGACAAGGUCCGGCCCACUUUUAAUUGGGCCUAGAAGUCUAAGUUCGGGUAUGGCUUGGUUCAAA